AUGGUCAGCCUUAAAGUGGACAACCUCUCCUUUAGGAUGACCCCCGACGAGAUAAAACCAAUAUUUGAGAAGUACGGAGAAGUUGGGGACAUUUACAUACCAAGGGACCCGUACACUAAGGAAUCGAGGGGUUUUGCUUUCGUGAGGUUUUACGAGAAACGAGACGCAGAGGACGCUAUGGAGAGACUGGACGGGUACGUCAUUGAUGGACGGGAAAUGAGAGUGCAGUUGGCACGCUAUGGACGACCAAAUGAAAACAAGGGACGCCACUAUGGAGGAGGAGGAGGGAGAAAGAACAGGUAUCGCAGUCGUUCUAGAAGUUACUCUCGUAGCCGUAGUCCUUCUCCUCGGAGGCGUAGGAGGACACCCUCUCGCUCACGGUCUCGUUCCCGUUCUCCCAAGCACGACCGAUCUCGUUCCGGUUCUCGUACUCCCCCGAGAGAGUACUCAAAGUCGCCACGUCAGCGUUCUGCAAGUCCUCAAAGAGAUUACGAAGGGGAGCAGUCCUGACGACAUUAAAGAAAGGAGAAAUGGAGUCUCUUUACUCUCUUCCUUUACUACUUAAUUCUUUGAGUAAGUAAGUUAUUGUGCUUGACAAUAAACAUUUAAAACA